UGGGACGGAGCCCUCGCGGCUCGGCGUCGCGUUUGGGUGACGUCAGAGGAGCGCGACCAGGAGGAGCAGUAGGAGAGUGAGGAGUGUGUGUGAGAGCGGUGAGUGAGCUGCGCACUGCGAUGACACGCGCGGUGUUUUACACACACACACACACACACACACACAGGUGUCUGAGCGCUGAGCUGUAAGUGACACACACUCACACACACACACACACUCACACACUCCUCCAGCAUGCCUCCGAGGCUCGUGCAGCUCUUCUCCAACAGCCGGAUCGUGGCGGGGCUGCUGGUCAACCUGCUCUCCUCCAUCUGCAUCGUCUUCAUCAACAAGUGGAUCUACGUGCACUACGGCUUCCCCAACAUGACCCUGACCCUAGUGCACUUCGUGGUCACCUGGCUCGGACUCUUCGUGUGCCAGAAGCUGGACAUCUUCUCCCCGAAGAGCCUGAGACCCUCCAGCAUCCUCCUGCUGGCGCUGAGCUUCUGCGGCUUCGUGGUCUUCACCAACCUGUCACUGCAGAACAACACCAUCGGAACCUACCAGCUCGCCAAGGCCAUGACCACCCCGGUCAUCAUCCUCAUCCAGAGCACCUACUACAGGAAGAGCUUCUCCACCCACAUCAAACUCAGCCUGGUGCCGAUCACGUUAGGGGUCGUCCUGAACUCCUACUACGAUGUGAAGUUUAACUUGUUGGGGAUUGUGUUUGCGACACUCGGAGUCCUCGUCACCUCUUUGUACCAAGUGUGGGUCGGGGCGAAGCAGCACGAGCUGCAGGUGAACUCCAUGCAAUUGCUGUACUACCAGGCGCCCAUGUCCUCCGCCUUCCUCCUCACACUCGUCCCCUUCUUCGAGCCCCUUACUGGAGAGGGGGGCAUCUUCGGGCCCUGGUCCCUGCAGGCCCUGGCCAUGGUGUUCCUGUCUGGAAUCAUCGCCUUCCUGGUCAAUCUGUCCAUCUACUGGAUCAUCGGGAACACGUCUGCUGUCACAUACAACAUGUUUGGUCACUUUAAGUUCUGCAUCACACUGCUGGGUGGCUACGUGCUGUUCUCCGACCCGCUGUCCCUCCACCAGGGCCUGGGCAUCUCCUGCACGCUGUUCGGCAUCCUCACAUACACACACUUCAAACUCGGCGAGCAGGACCAGGCCAAGAGUCGACUCAUUCAAAGACCUUGAGUACGAUGAGCACGCCCUGCAGCGGAGGGGGCGCGGUCUCACACACACACACACACACACACACACCGGGCGCACGGUGUACCCCAGAUACAGACACAUGGGUUACACCGAAAAUGGGCGUGUGGUGUCCCUCAGACACAGACACACUGUGUAACCCCGGACACAGACGCCUCCGUGUGGAGUAAACACGUGUGGAGUAGCGCGCCGCGACAGCUGUUUUUACUUCCUGCACAGUGUUUUCUUCAGAGUUCAAAUAAAGUGAUAAAAAACAUCAACUCUG